AUGCCCCCCAUACACAACAUCAUGCCAAUACCCGGCCGGAUACAUAUCCCCAUUCUUAUCCCAAUACCUUACUGGAAUAACAUGCCUCUUCCCCCUCCCCGUCCAUCCGCCAUGGCCCUCCAAAUCUCCAGAACAAUGCUCAACCCGACUCCACGUCCCGCUGUCAGGUACGGCAUACCGCCUCGUCCGGAAAUCGUACCGCUCAUUCGGCUUGCGCGUUGUCCAGGGGAAUGCCGAGGCGUACACGUAUCUCGUCUUCUUCUCUCCAGAUCCGGCUGUGUUGGUGUUGGUGCUGGAAGGGUGUAUAUCGUCCCACCGUGCCCAAGCACAAUCCCGUUUCCGCGGAGGACGUUGUUCGAUUGGUGCCGCGAGUUCGACCUCUCUCUUCUUGCUGUCCCUACUCUUGUUCUUGUCCUUGGUGCUGCUGAUCCGUCCAACGAAAAUAUCCGGCCCUCUGUUCCUGAGGAUAUCGAAGAGGCGCCAGCGGUGCGGCCAGUGUGA